AGGUUUUUAAUGGGACCGUGCCGAAGCAUGAUUAUCUCAGAGGAAGCACACAGAGGGAAACGGAACGCUACCCCGUGCUCUGUUGGUGUGUCUCUCUCUAAACGCUCCGUGCAGAAACCACGUCCUCCCCCGUGUUUAGCGCCCGCCCGCUGUCAUUCGUCCAAGGCGAGCCAGCCGGUGCGAUCGUGGCGCUGGCGGAGUGGAGCAGCGAGAGCCGCAUGUAAAUGAACACCUCCACCUCCGUGCUGUUGUCACCUGAGGAUCUAGCGGGGCAAAUUGACUGUCCCGUCCCCUCUCGUCGGCGAGCCGACCUUUAACGUUUUGUGUGGAGAUAAAAAGAGGUUAAACUGCACUACUUUGGAGCAAACGCUGUCCGCUAAUCGCUGCCGUGUGUCGCCGCCGUUUCUCGCUACAACACGAAUAGCGCCUCUCUGCCACCCCCUGCUGACCAUGCAGAGUGUGUGCGCGGUGUUCGUGGCACUGGCCGCUGCCUCUCUCAGCUCGGCAGACCCCGACAUGCACAGACCGAGACAUGACUCCAACCUGGAGAUCUACAAGCGGCUGUUUGAGACCAAGAGGAAAGAUCAGCUGAACGCACUCAAGAACCUGGUUGAGCUGAACGACAUCAACCAGCAGUACAAGAUUAUAGACAUCAUGCUCAAAGGACUCUUCAAGGUGUUGGAGGACUCGAGGCAAAUCUUGGUUGCGGCCAACAUGCAGCCCGACGACCCCUUCCCCAUGGACGACAAGAUCAAAGAAGCUUAUUCCCAUGUGGUGGAGAAUACAGCAUUUUUUGGCGAUGUGGCGUUGCGUUUUCCCCGUAUCGUCCACCACUACUACGACCGGAACGCUGACUGGGGCGGCCUUCUGCGCUGGGGGCUGAAUUUCUGUAACCAGACAGGGGUUUUUACAGGAGGAGCCCACCAACACGUCCUCACACUUAUGUCACAGGAGCUGGGAAUAACAGAGAAAUCCCCAGACUUUAUAAAUCCAUACCGCACAGAGAGAGACUGAUGUGAGUAAGAUGCAUACAGUACAUGUUGUUCCCCACUCGGCCUUACUCUGCAUUAUUGUCACGCACAUUAAGUAACUCCACUGACCACUCCUAAUGACUGCCCCG